GCGCAAAACAGAAACAUUGCACAGAAUAUAACUUGGCCGAGAGGAAACCAACUUAUUCUCUGAUCUGCUCAACGUAUCACAUAGAAUGGCGACGGCAGCGAUAGAAACCCGACAGGCGGAUGAAUCAAAGCAGCAGCCGCAGCAAGGCGCCGGGGCUGGCGGUGGCGAAGGGCUCCGGCAAUACUAUCAGCAGCGGAUACAGGAUAUGCAGCUAUUGGUCCGUCAGAAAGUCCACGAUCUCCAGCGCCUAGAAGCACAGCGCAACGACCUCAAUGCCCGAGUGCGAUCACUGAAGGAAGAGUUGCAGCUUCUUCAGGAGCCUGGAUCUUAUGUUGGUGAAGUUGUCAAAGUUAUGGGAAAAUCAAAGGUCCUCGUCAAGGUCCAUCCUGAGGGAAAAUAUGUAGUUGACAUUGACAAGAGUAUUGACAUCACUAAGAUUACACCUUCAACAAGGGUUGCUUUGCGUAAUGAUAGCUAUGUGCUCCACUUGAUCCUACCUAGUAAAGUUGAUCCACUGGUGAACCUUAUGAAAGUUGAAAAAGUUCCAGACUCUACUUAUGACAUGAUUGGUGGUCUUGACCAGCAAAUUAAAGAGAUAAAGGAGGUGAUUGAACUUCCAAUCAAACAUCCUGAAUUAUUUGAAAGUCUUGGAAUAGCUCAACCUAAGGGUGUUUUGCUGUAUGGUCCUCCUGGAACCGGGAAAACUUUGCUUGCAAGGGCGGUUGCUCACCAUACUGACUGCACUUUUAUCCGAGUUUCGGGUUCUGAAUUAGUUCAGAAGUAUAUUGGAGAAGGCUCUAGGAUGGUGAGAGAACUUUUUGUCAUGGCCAGAGAGCAUGCUCCAUCCAUCAUCUUCAUGGAUGAAAUUGAUAGCAUUGGAUCCGCUCGUAUGGAAUCUGGAAGUGGAAAUGGGGAUAGUGAAGUUCAGCGAACUAUGCUGGAGCUUCUCAAUCAGCUUGAUGGUUUUGAAGCGUCUAAUAAGAUAAAAGUAUUGAUGGCUACUAAUAGAAUUGAUAUUCUAGACCAAGCUCUUCUUAGGCCUGGAAGAAUUGAUAGGAAAAUUGAGUUCCCAAAUCCCAAUGAAGAGUCUCGGUUUGACAUCUUGAAGAUACACUCAAGGAAAAUGAAUUUAAUGCGAGGGAUUGAUCUGAAAAAGAUUGCUGAGAAGAUGAAUGGUGCAUCUGGUGCAGAACUUAAGGCCGUGUGCACUGAAGCUGGAAUGUUUGCUCUGAGAGAGAGGAGAGUUCAUGUUACUCAGGAGGACUUUGAGAUGGCUGUUGCCAAGGUCAUGAAGAAGGAAACCGAGAAAAAUAUGUCUUUGAGGAAGCUCUGGAAGUAGAUUAUAACUAAACUUUACAUUUCCAUCGCACAAUGUAGUACCCAUUUGUAUCAUGAGCACACGUCGAAUUGGUUUUGAUUUCAUAUAUCUCUACUGUGAGUUAUUUGGUGGACACCUUUAUGCAUAAAAUUCCUAUAGUUCACUGUUUCCAGCUAGCUACAUUAAGUAAUGUUUGGUUCUUGCUCUUUCUGGAUCAUAGUUGUUUGCAGGGCCAGGAGGGCAGAGAGGCUAAUGUCUUUGUCUGUUGCUGUUUUGGUUUUUCUAUUUGUUGCAAUGAUGUCAUACACUGGAGAUCCAUGUAAAUUGCCAACAUCUUGACAGAGUGGGAUGGAUGAGUGAGUGACACUUGCUA